GUUGCCUGCUUUUCUGUAUCUGUCUUCCAUGUCCUUCCAUGCUGCUUCAUCGCUUCCACUUAGUGCGCUCUCUCUCUCUCUCUCUCUCAUCACUCUCUUUCUUCCCCCUGCUUCUUCACUUCCUUUGGAGGAAUUUCUUGCGUCACUGCUCGCUCGGUUGCUUGCUUCCUAGGCGGUUCAUUUUUCUAUAUAUGAAGCGGCCAUUCUUGUCCAAUCUCUCAUUGUGUCAGUCAUGGCCUUCUCUUCUUGCCUUUCCCAUUCUCCGCUUCUAGCAUUCAAGACUAUAAAACCUUGCAAUGGGAGGGGACAAACGUUUCCUUUUCUUGCAAGAAGAAAUGAUGAUGGCCUUUCUAAAGCAGGAAUUGUGGGGAAUAGGCUUAACUCUAGCAGAGACUGGAGUUUCAUAGGAGGAUCAAGAGUAACUAUUAAACCAAAAGUUGUGAGCACUCUUUAUCGAAAAAGUAGCAGAACAUAUGCUUCAUGGUUAUUUGGCCCUCAACUUGCUAGCAGCGUCUUUACACUGGGAACAGUAGCAGUACUCCCGUUUUACACACUCAUGGUUCUUGCUCCAAAAUCUGAGAUAACUAAAAGGUCCAUGGAGAGUAGCAUACCGUACAUUGUGCUCGGUGUUUUGUAUGCCUAUCUACUUUACCUUUCCUGGACCCCUGAGACUGUUCAGCUGAUAUUUGCAAGCAAAUACUUACUACCGGAGCUUACUAGUAUAGGAAAAAUGUUCACCAGUGAGAUGACCUUAGCCUCUGCCUGGAUUCACUUGCUCGCUGUUGAUCUUUUUGCUGCAAGGCAGGUGUUUCAUGAUGGGCUGGAGAAUCAAAUUGAGACUAGGCAUUCAGUGUCUCUUUGCCUUUUCUUUUGCCCGAUUGGGAUUCUUACACACAUUAUCACCAAAGGAUUGGCCAGAACUACAAGGAAAAAGGAGCAUCACCACUAGAAUGCAGCUGCUCAUGUAAGACCAAACAAGUACUGCUUUGAAAGUUGAAGCUGUUAGGAUUGGAUUUCAAGAUUUAAAAAUUCCCUUGCAAGUUUUCCUUGAUGAUUGAUUAUUCUAUUUUAAGUGUAUUUAUAACUCUUGUUGAGAGAAUAUCAAUUAGAAAAUGUUAAAAGUAA